UUCCAGGAACCGGAAGUGCCGAGCUGUUGCCGUCAUGGCUUAAUGGCUAAGUACAGUAUCUCAAUUACACGUUCAUUUGUUUGUCAUGUAGCUGCUCGUCGUGUAACGCAGCUGUUUACAAGCAUGACGAGGUAGCCGGCUAACUAUUUAAAAUCGAGUUCUGUUGCAAUUUGGGCCAAUUUGUACGUUUUUGUGGGACUAAUGUGAUAGUAGCUUGUUAGCUAAACGUCAUUCCUGCUAGUGUAGGACGCGUUAGUAUUUUUUGACGGCUACUACGGUCGGUGGCACAGGAAUAGCAUUUAAUAACAUUACUAAUGAGAGGAGGUUUUUUUUUUUUAUUUAAAUAACAUCUCGUGGCUGAAUGUGUGGCAGCAGUAGAGACGGUAGCAACUACAGCUAGCAAGCAGUUUGUUAGCUAGCCGCCGAAACAGCAAUGGCUUAUUUAAAAGGAGGUUUAAAGAUUGUGAGAGCCCUUUAUAUCUGCAGUCUUGUCCUCGUGGUCGUCGCCAGUGGAGUAACGGCUGACGAGGAGCAAAACGGGAAUGAAAACCCAGAGCUAAAGCCCUACCAUGAUCCAGAAUCGGAGGAGGACGAUGUUCACUUGGGCUCAAGGAUUCCAACGGGUGCAUCUACCACCUCUGUGUCUGUGCCAGAAGAAGGCUACAAAGAAGAAAGCAAGCAGCCAGGUGGAGAUGGUGUGAUGCAGGCAGAAAAGAAGGAAGACCUGCCAGAACAACGCGUAUCUUUGGACAAACCCAAAGAAGUUCCUGUAGUGAACGGCGGUACAGCCGACGGAGAACCCUGCAUGUUCCCCUUUGUCUUCCAAGGCAAAGAGUACCCCGACUGCACCACCAAUGGCCGAGGGGACGGUCGACUGUGGUGUUCCACCACCUACGACUACGACCAGGACAAGAAGUGGGGGUUCUGUGAGACUGAGGAGGAGGCACAGCAGAGGCUGCAGGCGGAGGAGGCUGAGGAUCAGUACCAGACGGUCCUGCACAUGCUCAACACUACCACCAAGAGGAGCUGGAAGAAGGAUCUGUAUGACAAGCUGCUGAAAGUGGCGGACAAAGGCCACCAGAAGGCCAUGGAGAAGGUGGCGUACGCCAUGCUGUUUGGAGACUACAUGAGCCAGAACAUCAGCAGAGCCAGGGAGAUGUUUGACAAGCUCGCCACCGAGGGUUCCCCGAAAGCGCAGAUGGCUCUUGGAUUUCUGUACGCUGCAGGACUUGGGGUUAACUCCAGUCAGGCUAAGGCCUUGGUUUACUACACCUUUGGUGCCCUGGGAGGAAACUUGAUUGCGCAUAUGAUUCUGGGCUACAGAUACUGGGGAGGAGUGGGUGUUCCCCAAAGCUGUGAGUCGGCGCUCACGCACUACAGGCUUGUGGCCAAUCAGGUGGCCAGCGACGUGUCCUUGACGGGAGGCACGGCCGUGCAGAAGAUCAGGCUCCUCGACGAGCUGGAGAACCCGGGAUCUUCUAGUGGAAUGCUGGAGGAGGACCUGAUCCAGUACUACCAGUUCCUUGCUGAGAAGGGGGAUGUGCAGGCUCAGGUGGGAUUAGGUCAGCUUCACCUGCACGGAGGACGUGGCGUCGAACAAAAUCACCAGAGGGCGUAUGACUACUUUAACCAGGCUGCAAAUGCAGGAAAUACACAUGCUAUGGCUUUUCUUGGCAAGAUGUACUCUGAAGGCAGCGAGUUCCUGCCUCAGAACAACGAGACAGCCCUGCAGUACUUUAAGAAGGCUUCAGACUUGGGAAACCCAGUGGGACAGAGCGGCCUGGGCAUGGCCUACCUGUAUGGAAGAGGCGUCUCAGUGAACUAUGAGCUGGCCCUGAAAUACUUCCAGAAGGCGGCAGAGCAGGGCUGGGUGGACGGGCAGCUGCAGCUCGGCACCAUGUACUACAAUGGCAUCGGUGUAAAGCGUGACUACAAGCAGGCUCUGAAGUUCUUCAACCUGGCCUCGCAGGCGGGCCACAUCCUGGCCUUCUACAAUCUGGCCCAGAUGCACGCCACCGGUACCGGCGUCAUGCGCUCCUGUCACACGGCGGUAGAGCUCUUCAAGAACGUGUGCGAGCGUGGCCGCUGGUCCGACCGCCUGCUGUCGGCAUACAGCAGCUUCAAGGAGGGCGACAGCGACGCGGCACUGGUCCAGUACUUGCUGCUGGCGGAGCAGGGCUACGAGGUGGCUCAGAGCAACGUGGCCUUCAUCCUGGACCAGAAGGGUGCAAAGAUCUUCAACGAGAAUGAGACAUAUCCUCGCGCUCUGCUUCACUGGACCAGAGCUGCAGCUCAAGGUUACACCGUGGCCAGGAUAAAACUGGGGGACUACCACUUCUAUGGUUUCGGCACCGACGUGGACUACGAGACGGCGGUCAUCCACUACAGGCUGGCAUCAGAGCAGCAGAACAGUGCCCAGGCCAUGUUCAACCUGGGCUACAUGCACGAGAAGGGCCUGGGUAUCAAAAAGGACAUCCACCUGGCCAAGCGCUUCUACGAUUUGGCAGCAGAAGCCAGUCCUGAUGCGCAGGUGCCCGUCUUUUUGGCUCUGUGCAAGUUGGGCCUGAUCUACACGCUGCAGUACCUGCAAGACCUCAACCUGCGCGAGCUCAUCUCUCAGGUGGACCUGGACCAGCUUUUGGGCCCCGAGUGGGACCUCUACCUCAUGACGGUCAUCGCCCUCCUGCUGGGCACGGUCAUCGCCUACCGACAGCGUCAGCACCAGAUCAUAAUUCCCCCUCGGCCCCCGGCCCCGCCUCCUCCCCCAAGACCCCCGCAAGAGCCGCCCCGAGCCGAGGAAGUAGUGGGCCGUCCCGAGGAAGAGGAGCAGCAGUGAGAGGAAGCCCCAAAGUGACGUUCCCCCUGGAGAAGCUUGUGCUUGCUGGCUGAAGGCGCCCACUCUGGCUGCUCCAAAAGACCCAAAAUGGCCGCUGACAUGUUCAGUGUUGCCAGUGAGUAGGGGGCCCCCAAAAACACAGAUUUGGGACUUGCUGGUCUGUGACUCAGGAUGCGGCCUCCCGCACUUUCACCUUGGAGACAACCUUGCGCUCGACGGACGGAUGAAAGACGCUUUGGACUCAUCAGCAAAUUUUGACGUGCAAUUUAUUUUCUCAUGCCAGCUUCCUUUUGAGGUUUUUGCUGCAUCCUGGGGGGGGGGGAACAAAGGUUCAUGAACAAAGGUUUUUGCAUGUUUUUCUUUGCAAACUUUGAUUUUAGACACGUUGGGUGCCGUGUUAAAUGUACUUAAGUAUAACUUUUAAUUUAUAGAAAAGCUGGACUGAAUUUGCCAGCUUUUUUUGAUGGGUAAUUUAACUUUAGUUUUUCUUUUUCUUUCUUUUCUUUUCUUUUUUUUCUUUUUUUGUUUUUGUUUUGAAGUAACACCUACAGUAAAAGUCUGGAUUUUUACUACACGGAAGAAUGUCAGUGAAAUGUAGGAAAUGUGCAUUUUUUUGUUUCCACAACUUCAUCUGUUGUGAGCUUCCGCCCCCUCGCCAGCAGGCGCUGCUUUCCCACUCCCACUCCCACACGCACUCGGUACCACCCCAGUAUUCGGAUAUGAAUCUGUGUGGCACAAGUCAACCAAAACAAGAUUCUGGUGUCACUUUUAGUUAUCCUGCAUGUAAACCUGACAUCCACACAUCAAAAAUCAAACACUGGGCAUUUUUAACACCUUUAUUAUGUCAAAUUUAUAAGUUAA